GCGAGCAGGUCUGGAGUCAGUGGAACAGCUGCGCGUCCGCGUGUCUUCCAGGAAACUUCGAUACGCCCUUUUAAAUGAAGUUCAAUGUUUCGUUUGCGAAUAGGGAAGCAGCCAGCAGACUGAAAUUUCCACAUUUUGAACUGGUCGUCUGGACGUUUUGUGUGAGACAGAGAAGCAAAUUAAGUUUCUUAUGUUUUACUUCGCGAACGAGGAAACCUAUAGGAUAUAGGAUGUCUUCCUCAUUAUUUCUUUACCAGAUCAUCCUCACACUCGUCUGCCAAGCACUUUGUGACGAUCCCAUUAAGGACUUCAAUUGUUUUAAUGACUACGAGGCCGAGAUGACGUGCAGUUUCUCUUCUGAAAGUCUCAGAAAUUGUUCUGGAUACAAUAUGAACGUCACACAAAAACUAGCAUAUGAGAUAAAUAGGUAUUCAUGCGUCUUUGAGAGAAGUCAUCACAAUGCCAUUUGUGAAUGCAAAAUUGAAGUGGAAGGCUUUAUUACUGAAGAGAUCUUCUCCACUACACUUCUCAAGGGAACAAAGGUUUUAUUACAAAGGGAUUUCAAGACUAUAGAUUAUAUCAAACCAAAAACUCCAGUGUUAUUUGUGAAGAAGACAGAAAAUGGAAACUUUCAUGUUACCUGGGUUGAUAGCUAUGAACAAAGGAAUGUCUUUACAGAUAAUUUGUUUAUAACUCUGACCUAUAGGAUCAAAGGAGAAAUUGAAACAAAUUCCACAAAGGUGGCAAACACUGUUGGAUUCUGUGAUAUCGUGGGCAGUCUUCUCCAGCCAAAAACUGAAUACAUUCUGACAGCAAAAAUGAGCUCGAACUACAACGGUCAGAAGAUAUAUAGUGAUCAGAGUGCAGCAGUUCAUUUCACCACUGCUCCAUUACCUAAUGAAAUAGUCAAACUGGUGGUUCCACCAUUGUGUAUUGGUUUACUCAUCAUCAUUUGUAUGACCUUCAUCUGUUUUUUGAGGAUGAAGUCAAAUUGGUGGGACAAGAUCGCCAAGCCAACAAUUAAAGACAAUUUUGGAAAUAAGAAGGGUCAAGUUUUGCCUCCUUCCUCCAAUGCAGUCUACCCAAACCAAGUUGAGGUUAUUAAUCUAGACUUCGAGGAGGAAAAGAAAUCGAUCUCACCAGUAUGUGUGAACCCAAACAACGAGAGAAGUUCUCACAGUGUUGAAUCAUCACCAGGGGAUUAUGGCCAGGCCGUCUGUGAUUCUGGUAGCAAUCCGGUGCAAGACAUCCGAUCACAACUUGAAUUCGCAAUAGCUCAAGAUAAUUUACGGUUGAAAUGGAACACACCACUCAACCAGUUCACUGAGAUGCCAUACAACAGUGUGGAGUCUUCUUCAAAGGAAAGGAAUCGUGCUAACAGAGAUUCGGGGACCUGCUCGGGUUCAUCGGUUUUCAGCAACAAGUCAUAUUUGGAAGGAACCACUGAUGAUUCUUCAUUUUUGGACCUGAACUGUGAUCAUUCUGAUGAUAGAAAAGUCUCAGACUCCAUAUUUAAGCUGGAAAACUCUAUUGAUAUCAUUAAGAGCCUGCAGAACUUUCCUGAUGAAGGAUAUCAGGCUUUCAGUGCUGUUGUGGAAAAGAGAGAUGUUGUAGAUGGUUGUGCGAAACUUUCCUCUAAUGUUGAUGCAGACGACAAUGUGAUCAGGCAAAAUCUAAUCACCAGUGCCAAUCCACUGUAUUCUCCUCUGUUACAUCAUGAUCACACAAUCGCAAGGGAUGAUCCCUAUAAAGCUUUUCAAGACGUAUCAAAAAACACGGGGGGACAAUGGAGCACGAGCAUCAGCACUGAGCGAACACUUAAUGAAUGUGGAGCUCUGAAAUUCCCUCACAUCGCCGGCCAAACAGCCCUGUUACAGAACACUGCUUGGGACUUUUUGAAUAUCCCACCGACUGUUGAAAUAGACCUUUCAUAUCACGCUGUCUAACUGUGUCGCACAUAAGUAAAACAUUUCAGUCUCUUUGCA